AUGUCUUUUAUCAUAGGACCGGUCUCUGGCGCACUUGCAGCGGAGGGGUAUGUGUACUAUGGCUUCUCUACUAUGAUCCAAACACGUACUGAGCAGCAUCGUUCUGAUUUGCACGCGCUUUCACGGCGGUUGGUGGAAGCCGACACCAUCGUUCCUGCACCACCUCCUGCCUCAGAACGCAUCAUCCGGCGGCCGUUCACUGCCAUGCUCAAGCACCAGUGGAACACGGAGGUCGAGGCGCUCUUCCGUUCCGCGGGCGAUUGGGACCGGCGUGUGGUGGACUGGGGGCGGAAAGUGCUCUAUGGGGGCGGUGCU